CGGUUAUCAUCUCUCUCUGUUUCCGAUCCCCCUUUCUCUCUUUCUCUCCACCACGUCGCAAUGCGUCGCCGGCGGCGAUCUCCAGCGGAUAUGCUUCUCUGCUCUCCCCUUCCUUUCGCUUUCUUCCUCGUCAUCGUCUUCACUCCCGCGGCUGUGUCGCUCGAGGUUCUCUCCAAAUCGAAGCUCCAGAGUUGCGCUAGGGACUCCGAAUCUGAUAAUCUCGACUGCGCGAAGAAGAUCGUCCUCAACUUGGCUGUUCCCAGUGGAUCGAGUGGAGGGGAGGCCUCCAUCGUCGCGGAAUUAGUGGAAGUCCAGGAGAACGAGACGCAAAAUAUGCAGACGAUUAGGUUGCCUCCGAUCAUCACGAUCACCAAGUCUGCAGCAUAUGCAAUCUAUGAACUAAUGUACAUAAGGGAUGUUUCAUAUAAACCAGAAGAAUUUUAUGUCAAAACAAGAAAAUGCAAACCAGAUGCAAGUGCAGAAGUUGUUAAAAUUUGUGAAAGGUUGAGGGAUCAAGAUGGUAAUGUUAUUGAGAAUACACAGCCAAUUUGCUGUCCAUGUGGACCGAGACAUCGUGUUCCAUCUUCCUGUGGGAACUUAUUUGAUAAAUUGAUGAAAGGGAAGGCAAAUACUGCUCAUUGUCUUCGAUUUCCAGGUGAUUGGUUUCAUGUAUUUGGUAUUGGAAAGAGGUCACUUGGGUUUAGUGUCCAUAUCAAAGUCAAGAAAGGAUCUUCACUUUCGGAAGUUGUUGUUGGUCCUGAAAAUAGAACAGUGUUAUCAAAUGACAAGUUCUUAAGAGUCAAUUUAAUUGGCGAUUUUGUUGGAUACACAAGUUUACCAUCUUUUGAGGACUUCUAUUUGGUGACACCAAGAUCGGGUCCAGGAGGUCAACCAGAAAUUCUUGGGCAGAAUUUUUCAAGAUGGAUGUUGUUGGAGAGAGUGAGGUUCUCACUAGAUGGUUUGGAGUGCAAUAAAAUCGGCAUCAGUUAUGAAGCAUACAGGUCCCAGCCAAAUUUCUGCUCUUCCCCAUUUUGGAGUUGCUUGCAUAAUCAACCAUGGCAUUUUUGGGAAGCUGAUCAAAACAGAAUAAGAAGGAGUCAACCACCUCAAUAUAUGGUUGAGAGGAGAUUCGAAAGGAUCAAUCAACACCCAAAUGCUGGGAGUCAUACGUUCUCAGUUGGGAUAACUGAAGUCCUUAAUUCUAAUUUAUUAAUAGAGCUUAGUGCUGAUGAUAUAGAAUAUGUCUAUCAAAGGAGCCCUGGAAAGAUCUUGAAUAUAAUGAUCCCUACCUUUGAAGCCUUAUCACAAUUUGGCACUGCAAGAAUAGCAGCUAAGAAUACCGGUAAACUAGAAGCAUCUUAUAGCUUAACGUUUGACUGUCUCAGUGGCGUAAGUUUCAUGGAGGAGCAAUUUUUUAUAAUGAAAGCAGACGAGGAGGCUACUCGGUCAUUUUAUCUCUAUCCAACAACAGACCAAGCUGCAAAAUAUCAAUGUGCAGCUAUCUUGAAGGGUUCUGAUUUUAGUGUACUCGAUCGAGCAGAAUGCCAGUUUACUACCACAGCUACUGUUCUUGAUAAUGGAUCUCAGAUUGUUCCUUUCAACCAACCAAAGAAGCCCGGUGUUAAUGGUUUCCUUGAUGCUGUUAAGGGCGCCUGGAGCAUGAUAUGGAAUGGGUUGAUGGAUUUCUUUACAGGGAAAACUUGUAGAAGUAAAUGCCGAGGCUUCUUUGAUUUCAGUUGCCACAUACAAUAUGUAUGUGUGAGUUGGAUAUUGAUGUUUGGACUGCUUAUAGCAUCACUUCCAACAGUUGCUGUGCUCCUCUGGCUGCUGCAUCAGAAAGGAUUCUUUGAUCCAGCUUACGAUUGGUUUAAUGCACACUUUGGAGGUGGCACAAAUCAUAGAAAUGAAUACUCAAAGAAUGCCAGACAUCACAAAUCAAAAGACCUCGAUCUGCACUACAAGCACAGGCUGAAACCUUUGCAUGUUUCACAGAAGCGACAAACUGUUCACAAACAUAAAAACCACCACUAUCAGCUUCCAGAUGACAAUCAGAUUCAUCUUCACAAGGUAAACCACAAACAUAAACAUAGUAGAAGUUACCUGUCGAUUGAGAUGAACGAUAUGAAAGAAUUGAGACACAAACGUGUUCACCACCACCACCAUCACCAUCACCAUCACCAUCAUCCUCAUCCUCAUCCUCAUCGUAAUGAAGAAAACCUGAGUAAAAUCAGUAACAUAUGACUGUAAAUGAUAUGGAUGUUACAAUUUCAGCUGUGUUAUUGGUAGAGAUGCUUUUCCAUUUCUUGUAAGUUAAUACUGAAGGAAGUAUUUAUCUGUGAAUAAAGAAGAUUUCUG